CAGGAAGGGAGGCAGCACGGGCUGAGCAGUCUGCAGUUGCGCCGGAAGCCAGCCCCUCACCCACCACCCAGAAGAGGCAGGUGCAGCGGCCAUGGGCAGCGCAGGAGAUCCCCGGAUGUGGAUGCUGGGUACCCUGAUCACGGCCCUGAUUCUGGGGGCCACAGCGCCUGUCCUUGCAGAUGACGCCUCCUGUAACAACCCAUCCGCCACCGAGUCCUCCUCCGGCGGCAACCGGGACCUCGGAGGCGAGGCCGAGGCCGAGGCCGAGGCCGGGGAGGACACCAGGUCCAAAGACAAGGACAGCGGCAACCGCAUCGUGAACGGGUCCGACUGCAAGAGGGACACGCAGCCCUGGCAGGGCGCCCUGCUGCUGGGGCCCAGCAAGCUGUACUGCGGGGCGGUGCUGGUGCACCCCCAGUGGCUGCUGACGGCCGCGCACUGUCGGAAGCCGGUGUACAGGGUCCGUCUCGGCCACCACUCUAUGUCCCCGGUCUACGAGUCUGGGCAGCAGAUGUUCCGGGGCGUCAAAUCCAUCCCCCACCCCCGCUACAAGCACCCCCGCCACUCCAAUGACCUCAUGCUCAUCAAACUGAACAAAAAAAUCCGAGUCAGCCGCUCCGUGAGGCCCAUCAACAUCCCCUCCCGCUGCCCGGCCCCCGGGACCCAGUGCCUGGUGUCGGGCUGGGGCAGCACCAGCAGCUCCCAGCACACCUUCCCCAAGACGCUCCAGUGCCUGAACGUCAACGUGCUGAGCCAGGAGAAGUGCAAGGACGCCUACCCGGGACAGGUGGAUGACACCAUGUUCUGCGCCGGGGACGAGGAUGGCAGAGACUCCUGCCAGGGUGACUCCGGGGGCCCCGUCGUGUGCAACAGCUACCUGCAGGGCCUGGUGUCCUGGGGUGACUUCCCCUGCGCCCAGCCCAACAGGCCGGGCGUCUACACCAACCUCUGCCUCUUCAACAAGUGGAUCCACAACACCAUCAAGAACAACUGAGUCCCCACUGCCACAGGUCCAGCUCGCCUUCCCCAGGACGCCAGGAUCCCGAGUCCCCAUCAGGACGCCCUGCCGCUCUCCUGGAGCCUAGGGACCAUUCCCAGAAUGAUGCGCGCAGGGUUACACCUCCGACCUCCGCCCGGAGAGCCAAACUCAGUCCCUGAAAUAAAACCCCUAAGAA